AUGUCUCCCAGAAAGCGAAAAAAUGUUAAACAAACCAAAAUUACUAAUAUAAAACGAAUUAAGACAAAAAAAACACAAACUAGUCCAAAACCAAAGGAGGAUAUAAGUCUGCAAGAAAAACCCCGUGAAGAAUUAAAAACUCGAUCAGUCUUUCCAGUCACGAUCGACGAGUUCAUUGAAAAUACAAACAUAAUCGAAGUAAUUAAAGAUUAUAUUAAAGAUAAAUAUUCAACAGCCUUAGAAACAUAUCUCACGGCACCAGAAAUCAUGAGCAGGGUAAAAAAUACAUAUAACGUUUUUUACAAAAGACCACAACGACGAUGUAUGGCACCAAUGAAAUAUGUUCGCAUCACUAGUGACUGUGAUGAAAAUACAAAACAACGUUUGUUUAAAAUUCCAGAAUAUUAUAAACAUUUGUGUGAAAAUAAAGAUAAUGAACAUCAAAGCGUAAAACAAAGUUUAAAGAAACAAGAUAGUUCUCCAGAUAAAAAUAUAAAUAGCGUUAGCGAUAAAAAGAUAUUAGAAGAAAAGAUCCUGGGACUAAAGAGCAUUAUAUCAAAUUUUGAUGCUAAUAACAAAGAAACAAAUGAAAAAGUGUGCAACCUUCCAGUCAGUUUUGAAACGUUUAAAAGGUUCACAUUUCACAAUGAUGUUAUUGAUAACAUUUGCCAAAGCAUAAAGGAGUUGGAGUAUGAGUUGCCAAUUUCAAAUAUAUCAAAAGAAGAAUUAUUUGAUAAUAAUAAAUUACUUCGGAGUUACUACAAAACAUUUUACAUGCAAACGGUUAUUCGGACAAUAUUUCCAUUGAAAAUAAAACCAUGUCCAGGACGUUUAAAGGACAAACUUUUGAAAUAUCCAGAAAUUACGUCAGAUCAUGAAGAGCCUACAGUAAGUAAUAGAGAUGUUAUAAAAUCUAAUACGAAGGAACAUUUAAAUAAGAAAACAAAAUUAGGAAGCAGGAAAGAAGAUAAAAAUAUGGAAAAAUGUUCAUUAGCGUUAGAAAUUAAGGCAUCCAAAGAUAAUGAUCUACAUCAUAGUUAUAUGGAUGAAAAAACUUCAAACGAAAAAAUUCAAGUAUUACGAAGAUUGAAAAGUUUUAUUUUACCUAACUUCGAUGACAAGAAUGCAGAGCUACAAAAGCAUAAUCCUCCUGUUAGUUUAGAAAUAUUUAAAAAGUAUACCUUGUAUAAUGAGGUUAUUGAUCAAAUAUAUCAAGAUAUGAUACACACAGAUUGUUCGUUAAUAAUCCUUAAACCCUCAGAAGAAAAAUUUUUGAAUCGUGAUCGCUUGCUUCAAAGCUAUUAUAAAGCAUUUUAUUUUCAACCCAACAUUAGAAAGUUAUAUCGCUUAAGAGUUAAACCAUGUCCGGCACAUCUAAAGGCAAAACUUUUAUCACUUCCCAAAAAAAUGUAUAAUGCUGUUUCAGAAAAUGAUUCUACGACAAGUAGUGAAAAUAACGAAAAUGUUGAUCAUAACAUAAUUACAUCAGUGGUGGCACCAUUUAACAAGAAAACUAAAUUAAAUCAAACAUUACAAAAUAAAGCUGUCAAAGAGAAUACUGAACGAAAUUCUAAACUACAUGAAAGCAAGUUUCAAACAAAAACAACAAAAACUCCUGAAUCAAUUUCACCCGCAAAGGUUCUCUUAUGGAAACAAGAUUAUCCUAAUGAGACUAAACAAACAAG